AUGGCAACGACCCCUGCUUCCGAACCGGUGGCCCUGGUUGAGCAAGCCAAAGGUACUGAAGGCGGGGCGCUUGGAGGCACCCUCAGCGGUGUGGCAAUCAAGACCGGGUUGGAGAACUUCUUUGGGGUGGAACGAAUCACUUUCCACCCAAACUAUCUCGAGCUGGUUGGCCCACUCCGCCUGGAUCAGGAAGGGGUGGAGCUGCUAGCGGAGGCCUUGAAGGGUCAUCCUAGGUUGAAGUCAUUGAUCCUGAGGGAGGUUGAGCUCGAUUGGGGACACUUCAAAGGCAACCUGGGGCUGGCCCUUGAGCAAAUGAACGAUUUGCAUUCACUGGAUCUGACUUUGAGCACCUUCUCAGGGGAUUUUGCCGGGUCCGGUUUCUCGAAGCUGAUUGAGUCGAAAACGCUCUUGGUUAGUCUGGUCAUGCACAAUGUCAAUGGUUUGAAGGUCGGGGACCUUCUGGAGAUUCUGAAGACAACAACUUCUAGGGACUUUCCUCUAGCUCUUAGCAUCCGUGCGGAUUCUUGGCAACUGGAGGACCUUGAGGCACUUGCGAGAGAGUGGCCCGACGGUACAAUGGUAAAAAUAGAAGGUUUAAUCGGAUCCCUACUCGACUGCCUGAGAGGUGGUUGCGAAGAGUUGAACAUGGAUCUGCACAGUCGCGCUACGAAGCUGGACAAUACAUCUGUGAGAGAACUGAUCUCCACAAUCGAGACGUAUGGGGAGGUCACGAGUAUCGAGCUUCCAUGGAAAAGCAAAGCCUUGAGGACUCAACUACUACUCGCAUGCGAGAGAAACAAGCGUUUGCAAGGGCUUUGGGAGGUCGCUUCAGAGGACGAGUUGGUGCGAAUUGACUCUCUUUGGGGAAAGGUGUUUUUGUGCGGAGAUGGUUAUGCUGGAAAGUCCACCCUCACCAAAUCGCUCGUGAGACGGAAGGGCUUGUUUGCGGCCUGCCUCCAGCCCUCAGAAGGAGCAUUUGUCAGCGCAUUUGUCAGCAAUCAAUACGUGGCAAUCCGGGGCAUAGCUCUUGCGAAGUACCAAGCCGUUUACGAGGGCAAGGGCGCCCAACUGGUCUUUUGGGACUUGGCGGGGCAGAAAGAGUAUCAGGUUCUGCACUCUUCCCUCCUAGCAAACGAAGGCAAGGCCACAAGCUACGUCCUUGUCUCUCGAAUUGAUAACGACAUACAAGCGCAGAAGGGCGACAAGUCAGGGAGUCCGCUCGCUGAGCUACCUGUAAGGAUCCGCUGGUGGUUAGACCUCGUUGCAUCUUACAGCCAGGUUGGAAACGAGCGUGCGGUUGUACUGGUUUUUAACGAGGUUGGUAAUCAGCAAGCCCGCAGGGAGAAACUCGAGCGCCUUGCGGAUGAGCUCCGCUCCUCUUAUCAGGACAAGCUCAAGAUCCUUGAAGAGGUCUACUUUCUGGAUACGCGGCACCAUAAGUCGGCCGGGGUGAGGGCGCUCCAGUUGAAACUUCUCGCCUUAACGGAGGAGGCCACCAAGCCCACUCCAAAGGUUUGUCUAGAACUUCAAACGACGCUUACUGGGUUCCGAAAGAGCGGUCGGUUUCCGGUGCAAACCUGGGAGGAGUUCAAGGGGCUCAUGAGGAGGGGGGUGGGGGAGGAGCUUCUGAAAGGGGUCACGGCUUACCUGCACGAGAUGGGGAAGGUCGUCUACUUCCGGAGUGGCCCGUUGAGUGGG